AUGGCGUCCUCCUCGUCUUCCUCCGCAGCGGGUUUGGGCUCGGUCGACCCGCAGCUGCAGCAUUUCAUCGAGGUAGAGACUCAGAAGCAGCGCUUCCAGCAGCUGGUGCACCAGAUGACGGAACUUUGUUGGGAAAAGUGCAUGGACAAGCCUGGGCCAAAGUUGGACAGUCGGGCUGAGGCCUGUUUUGUGAACUGCGUUGAUCGCUUCAUUGAUACAAGCCAAUUCAUCUUGAAUCGACUGGAACAGACCCAGAAAUCCAAGCCAGUCUUCUCAGAAAGCCUUUCUGACUGACCUGAGUAUUACCUCUCUGGAAAAGGAAGGUAGUUCAAGAAAUGAAGAGCAGUUGAUGGGAUGGUUGAAGAAAAGGCUGUGGGGGGAUCGGCUCCCACCUUUGUCACUCUUGGGACAUCCUGUCAUCUGAGAAUGAACAAAGACCAAUUUUUGUGUGUGGGGGUGGUUUGAGGGUCAAAUGUGUUUGGGGUUGUGUUUUUUAAUGCUAAUCUUGAGAAAACAAUUGACAGAUGAAUGGAAAACUCUACUAGGUGUAUGUUGCUGUAUGUGGGACGAUGCUUUCCUCAUAGUCCCAUUAACUGCUUCCUAUAAUUUUAAUAGUGGAACUGCUCUAUAAUUUGAUAUGUGGGACCACAUAGGUAAUAAUCUGUUAUUUGUGUGGCUUCCUUUCAGAUUUCUGGAGAGAUCGAUAUACAUCUUUGUGUCUCUCAGAAAGGGCAGCAGUGGGGGAAAGAGUAAUUUGGUACUUGACUGUAGGCCUCCUUAUCUAGUGUUUGAUUAUCAGUGCUGGAGAAAAAAUGUAUGGAGUAUUCAUACAGGACAUUUCACCUUUCUAGAUUAUCUCCCUCCCUUAUACUGUGAUUCACUUAAAUAUCUAUAUAUAAAGUACAGUCUUGAGCUACAGGUAGCCUGAGAGUCCAGAGGCCUUUAGUUAAAGGAAUCUAGCCAGCGAACAUAAUUCUCAUACUAAACUGCCACAAGGAAGAAGUUAACUUACCCUGUAUGUCAGGGUCCAAAAAAAUUUAAAGAUGUGCCUAAAUGAAAAAAUAAGUUAUAAAGAUUUAGGCCAGUCAAAAACUAACAGCAGUUUCAGGUAGAGGUGCAUGCCUAAUGUAAACCAGCAUAGUUUCCAUUUACUGCGUUCUUUUCAUCACUGAAAUAAAAACUUCUACAAGAUUCAAAAAAAAAAUUCACCGAUUAAAGUAAGUGUACAAUUCACUAGUUCUUAGUAUUUUCACAACCAAUAUUGCUAUCUAAUUCCAGAACAUUUUUGUCACGCCCCCACGAAGAAAUCUUGUAUAUGUUAGCUGUUACUCCCUAUUUUCCCCUCCCCAACAUCCCCUGGCAUCCGCUUAUCUACUUUCUGUCUAUAUGGAUUUGCUCAUCCUGGACAUUUCAUAUACAUGGAAUUAUACAAUAUAUGACCUGUUGCUAUUGGCUUGAAAUAUUUCUCCCUUUAAUAGUCUCAGUUUUUCGGACUUCCCUGGUGGUACAGUGGUUAAGAAUCUGCCUGCCAAUGCAGGGGACACGGGCUCGAGCCCUGCUCUGGGAAGAUCCCACAUGCCGCGGAGCAACUAAGGCCGUGCGCCAAAACUACUGAGCCUGCGCUCUAGAGCCCAAGAGCCACAACUACUGAAGCCCAUGCACUUAGAGCCCGUGCUCCUCAACAAGAGAAGCCACCGCAACGAGAAGCCCGCGCACCACAACAAAGAGUAGCCCCUGCUCGCCACAGCUAGAGAAAACCCGCGCACGGCAACGAAGACCCAACACAGCCAAAAAUAAAAAUACAAAUAAAUAAAUAAAUAAAUAAAUUUAUUUAUUUCAAAAAAUAGUGUCAGGUUUUUUUCAUUUUAAUUCUGUUAGUUUUUCUUUAUGUAUUUGGGACUUGCUUAUACGGCAUUUGUCUUUUAAGUCAUAUAGGAGAAAAACUGAAUU